AUGAUUUAUUUAAAUGGAGUAUUAGAUGGAAGUACAACUACAGGUAGUUCAUAUCAAGGAACAACUGGAUCGAUGUAUAUUGGAAAGUCAGCUUCUGGUGGAUCUGUCAAUCCUUUAUCUGGUUAUAUUGAUCAAGUAACAAUAAGUAAUCGAGCAAAAACAGCAUGUGAAAUAUUAAAUGAUGUAACACUUGUUUCUUAUUUUUCAUUUGACAAUGUUACAACUGAUUCUGGACCAAAUACUCUUUCAAGUUAUAUAACAUUACAAAGUAAUAGUGGUGUAUCAUUUGUUACUGGUCGUGUUGGUCAAGCAUUAAUAUUAUCAAGAACAAAUGCUUUUUUUCAAACUUGUGGUUAUUACUGGCUUGGUCAUAAUAAUCGAGCAUUUUCAUUUGCAUUAUGGAUUUAUCUAAUAUCUGUUGGAGGUACAAUUCUUCAUUUAUCUUCCGAUCGGUCAGGUUCAGGUAGUUGGUGUUUACCUAAACUUGGUUUUUCAUCAAAUGGAUCAAUUGCUGCACAAUCAUGGAGUGGUUCAUGUGUUGUAUCUGUUGUUGGUCCUCAAAUUCCGACUAAUAAUUGGACACAUAUCGUACAAACAUGGAGUAGUACAAGUGGACUUAGACUUUAUAUCAAUGGUGGCCUUUAUGGAUCUUUUACAAUGACUACAUAUGUUGCCAGUAAUCAAAAUAUGUGUAUUUUUCUUGGAACAAGUGGUUUCGAAACUAAUUGUCAGACAUUAAAUAUUAUUAUGGGUUCGUAUUCAGGUCGAAUCGAUGAAUUUUAUGUUUAUGAUCGUGAAUUAACAGAAAAUGAAAUAUGUCCACUUGCACAUCCUUAUAAUUAA